CUCCCCUGCGUCCUGCUUCCGCCCAGCUGCUCUCUUGUGCCGUGGGAUGCUCUUCGGGGGCUUCCUCAGCUCUAGGCAGCUGAGGCGAUGCCGGGCGCAGGGCGCUGCCCCGAGUGUGGCUCCACUGAGCUUGUGGAGGACUCACACUAUUCGCAGAGCCAGCUGGUGUGCUCCGACUGCGGCUGCGUGCUCACCGAGGGGGUCCUCACCACCACCUUCAGCGACGAGGGCAACCUCCGAGAAGUAGCAUAUUCCCGAAGCACAGGGGAAAACGAACAAGUUAGUCGCAGCCAGCAACGAGGUCUCCGCCGAGUAAGAGACCUCUGUCGAGUUCUGCAUUUGCCAUCCACAUUUGAAGACACGGCAGUCGCCUACUACCAGCAGGCGUACCAGCACCCUGGCAUCCGCACCGCCAGGCUGCAGAAGAAGGAGGUGCUGGUGGGCUGCUGCGUCCUAGUCACCUGCCGGCAGCACAGCUGGCCCCUCACCAUGGGGACCAUCUGCACCCUCUUGUACGCAGAUCUGGAUGUGUUUUCUGGCACCUACAUGCAAAUAGUGAAGCUCCUGGGGCUGGAUGUGCCAUCUCUGUGCUUGGCAGACCUGGUGAAGUCCUACUGUAGCAGCUUCAGGCUGUUCCAGGCCUCCGCGGCACUGCCAGCCAAGUACGUGGAGGACAAGGAGAAGGUGCUGUCACGGACUCUGCAGUUGGUGGAGCUGGCUGACGAGACGUGGCUGGUCACCGGGCGGCGCCCCCUGCCCAUCGUCACUGCCGCCACCUUCCUGGCUUGGCAGUCACUGCGGCCGGCGGACCGGCUCUCGUGCUCCCUCCCGCGGUUCUGCAAGCUGGCCAACGUGGACCUGCCCUACCCCGCGGCCUCGCGCCUGCAGGAGCUGGUGGCGGUGCUGCUGCGCAUGGCGGGCCAGCUGGCCUGGCUGCGGGUCCUGAAGCUCGACAAACGGUCCGUGGUGAAGCACAUCGGGGACCUGCUCCAGCACCGCCGCACUCUCCUCCGCGAGGCCUUUAGGGACAGGGAGCCGCAGGGGCCGGGCUCCCAGGGGGCGGGGAGCAGCGCCUCUGCUUUGCAGGGGGAGCAGCCGGGGGGCACCGCCCAGCUCCUCCCACCCUGCAUGUUGAAGCCUCCCAAGCGCAUGUGCCCCGCGAGCCCGGUGCCCACAGUCACUGGGGACGAGAACAUUUCUGACAGUGAAAUCGAGCAGUACCUGCGCACGCCGCAGGAAGUGAGGGACUUCCAGAGAGCCCAGGCGGCUGGGCAGGGCACCGCGAGUGUCCCCAACCCGCCUUGA